ACCCUGAGAUCUGUUCUAGAACUGGACUGACUGGAACAGGACUGCUACGGUCUGUCUGGUCGGCUUCAGUCACUCAGUCUGUUCCAGAGACAAGAGCAGAGAGAGCUAGGCGGAGGAGGGGGGCGAGAGAGUAGGACGUCAGGGAGGAAGAGAGACAGGGAGGAGAGAAAGAGAGAGGCAGAGAGAGAAGGAGAGAGAGAGAGAGAGGAGAGCGAUAGAGAGAGAAGGAGAGAGACAGAGAGAGAAAGAGAGAGACAGAAAGAAGGAGAGAGACAGAGAGAGUAGGAGAGAGACAGAGAGAGAAGGAGAGAGACAGAGAGAAAAGGAGAGAAACAGAGAGAAGGAGAGAGAAAGAGAGAGACAGAGAGAAGGAGACCGUGUAGGGAGGGUGUUCCUUCAGGAAGGACUGGUUUGUCUGUCUGCACCUGGAGCAGGAAGGCCCAGCGGAGGGGCAAGGAUGGAACCCUACCCCCAGGUGUUCAUAGUAGACAGCCAGGCCAGCAUCGCCCCUCUGCCCAGCAGGAAGCAUCGUCGCUGGGGAGGGAUUUGCCAGAGGCUCCUUCCCCUGCUGGUGGGCCUGGCUCUCCUGGGAUUGGUGGUCCAGUCUGGCUGUAUAUACUACCUGUACAAGAGUACAGAGGCUCUGCACGGGACACCUUUGCCCCAUCCGGAUGGUUCAGUCCUCAGCAGGUCAGGAUCUAAAGAGGCCAAUGAGAUCCCUACGUGGGUGAGGACACACCCACCAGAGAGACAGCAGAAGGCCUCAGCACACCUGUUGGGAUCCAAUACGGUGUAUGAAGAUGUAGUCCAUUGGGACUCUGGCCCGGUAGGUGAAGCCUACACUCAAGGCAUGGACUACAAAGAUGGCUACCUGGAGGUGAAAGAGAAAGGGUACUACUAUGUGUACUCCAAAGUGCACUUCAAGGAAUGCUCCCUGAUCAAGCACAAAGUCAAGAAGCUUCCCAGAGGUUACAAUGCUUCACAGGACCUCAUGACAUGGUUCUCGUGGUCUGGGGUUAAAAACAAGCAAAAUUUUGACCAACUUUGCAACAGUUUCCUGGGUGGUGUGUUUCAACUGUUCACCGGCGACGCCCUCUUUGUUACCGUGAGCAACGGGAGUUUUCUUAAAUUCGGACGCACCGACAACUACAUGGGCGCUUUCAUGAUCCAGUAGAUCUCUCUGUUUGUCUCUCUUUCGAUCUAUCUCUUUCUCUAUCUUUCUGUCUAUCUCUUUUCCUAUCUCCCUUUCUUUCUCACUCUCUCUCUCGAUGUAUCAUGAGUUGAUUACUGGUCAGAUGUGAUGGAUUUCUUCUGGUUCAUUGAAGGUAUCUGACAUUCAGGUUGUCAUAGUGAUCCAGAGUUAUUUCACCAAAAAUAAACAGCUGUGC